AUGGUGGAUCACGUACGGGACAGCGCUCCUGGAGGACUGGAGCAGGGGGCUCCUCUGAGCAGAAACACUUCCACUUCCACCUCAAGGUGCGGUCGGGGGCUGCUGCAGAACAGCUCCAUCUCGUCCAAGAUUCCUCCUCCGCAGCCAACUCCGAUUGCGAACCAUCUCCCUUCCAAUAUCCCCCUCCGCACGCUCUCCGCACACGCGGCUGCCCGAGACGAUCCGUCGACUCAUUCGCACGGCAACCGAAAACAAGGCAGUUCCUCCUCUCUUGCUCCACACCCUGCUGAGCGCUUGCGAUACUCGGAGGACGGCGACGGCGACGACUACAACGACUACGGCUCCUCCGAGUCCUCGUGGAUCGACACCGGUGACAUCGCCGAGCAGCUCGAUCACGAGGAUCCUUUGCGCCAGAGACUGUACGAUACCCUAGAGGACGACACCCUCGCUGGCCUUGUCCAUCAUCGUCAUCCGAAACGUCAUCGUCACGGCGGCAAGCACGUCCAUUAUCACGAGUCUGUUUCCCGCUCCAGUGCCCACUCCUCCAGGCCGUCUGGUCAAGCUGGAGCAGUUGAUAAGGAAGCAAUUCGCAUUCCCGACGCCGCCCCCCGAACUGUCUCGCGGGCCGAGCGCCUUAUUGCUAGCAUCAUGGCGGGAACACGAAACCCCAUUCAUGGCCUUACUGGCAAACCCCUAAUCUACUUCACUUCCAUAUUUGUGUCAUUAGGCGUCUUUCUUUUUGGAUAUGAUCAAGGUGUCAUGUCCGGCAUCAUUACUGGUCCGUAUUUCAAGGACUAUUUCAAUCAGCCAACAAGCGCGCAAAUAGGCACUAUGGUUGCGAUUCUGGAAAUAGGUGCCCUCAUCUCCUCGCUCCUGGUGGGUAGAAUUGGUGAUAUCAUUGGCCGCCGCAAGACUAUCCUCUACGGAUCGUGCAUCUUUUUCGUGGGCGGUGCCCUGCAAACUAUGGCGACCGAUAUGGCCAUGAUGAUGACUGGGCGUAUUAUUGCUGGCUUGGGUGUCGGCAUGCUCUCCACUAUCGUUCCGGUCUACCAGUCCGAGAUCUCACCUCCUCAUAACAGAGGAAAGCUUGCUUGUAUUGAGUUCUCGGGUAACAUCAUUGGUUACACAACCUCUGUCUGGGUAGACUAUUUUUGUGGGUUCCUUGAGGGUAACCUCUCGUGGCGUCUUCCGCUCCUCAUGCAAUGUAUCAUGGGCGCGUUGCUGGGACUGGGAAGUCUAAUUAUAGUGGAAUCACCCAGAUGGCUCCUGGACAAUGACCAUGACGAGGAGGGCAUCGUCGUGAUUGCCAACCUGUACGGCGGUGGUGACAUCCAUAAUCCUCGCGCCAGAGAUGAGUUCAGAGAAAUCAAGAUGGGCGUGUUACUUGCGCGCCAGGAGGGCGAAAGAACAUACAGUGAGAUGUUCAAGCGAUACAGCCGUCGCGUCUUCAUCGCUAUGUCGGCUCAAGCCCUGGCGCAGCUCAACGGCAUCAACGUCAUCUCAUACUACGCACCCCUCGUGUUCGAGUCUGCAGGCUGGGUGGGCCACGACGCCGUGUUGAUGACUGGCUUCAACGGCAUCACUUACUUCUUGUCGACGAUUCCUCCAUGGUACAUCGUCGACCGCUGGGGUCGUCGGCAUAUCCUCUUGACGGGUGCUGUGGCUAUGGUGCUUUCCCUGUCCGCUAUUUCGUACUUCUUGUACCUUGAUACUCAUUGGACACCGUCCGCAGUUGUGGUUAUGGUCAUGAUUUACAAUGCGGCAUUCGGAUACUCAUGGGGCCCCAUUCCCUGGUUGUACCCGCCGGAGAUAUUGCCCUUGAAGAUUCGAUCCAAGGGUGCUAGUCUUUCAACGGCGACGAACUGGGCUUUCAACUUCUUGGUUGGAGAGAUGACGCCCAUUUUACAAGAGCUGAUUCACUGGAGGCUGUACUUGAUUCAUGCCUUCUUCUGCGCUGUUAGUUUUGUAAUUGUAUAUUUCCUUUAUCCCGAAACUUGCGGUGUCCGGCUUGAGGACAUGGACGCCCUCUUUGGUGAUUCCACCAACGCAUUUGGCACGCCCACCGUCAGCACUCCGUCACUUCAUGCUGAGGUUGAUCCUCUCGUUGCGCCGGGCUCACCCGUGCCACGGCUGGAUAUUCGGGGUCGGCCACUCGCCAGUGCGGCUAUUCCCGGCCUGCCGAUCGAUCCUCCGGAUGAGGUCGAGAUUAUACAUAAGAGUUCCUCCAACCAAAACAGGGGCGGAAUUGCCGGCGUAUUGUCGAGGUUGGUUGGACGGAGAGGGAGAGGAAGUGCCGAGGGAUCUGAUAGUGGUAGCUAUGCGCCACUUCGGCAAGGCGAUGACUAGAUCUUGGAUACAUUUCGACUUCAAGUGAACAGGGUCAAUCCAAAGCAGUUAGACCUUGUGUUCUCUUUGGACAAGUGCGCACAUAGACGUUGGAUAUCAGAGAUCUCAAGGGAGCGGAGCGUUCCAGAGCCCGGAUAGCGAAAUAGAUUGGAAGUGCUCGAUUGUCCGAGAGCUACAUUCUCCUCUCUAAACAUUCAAUUGCGGUUAUAAUUUUCC